UGUGGUACGUAUCUGCAGUCGAAGCUGCACGUAGAAUAAACACGGUUCCCGGGGCCAUAUAAUAUACUAUGAGCGCUCCUUCUUCCAAGACUCCAAUUUGGCUCGACUGCGAUGCCUAUGCCCUCCUGCUCUGCGCGCACGAUCCAAAAGUCGAGCUGCUCGGCGUAAGCACUGUCCACGGCAAUGCUGCGCUCGAGCAGACCACGUACAACACAAGGGCAAUCUUGGAGGCAGUUGGAAAGCGCCAUGUGAAGGUCUAUACUGGCGCUUCGAAGCCUCUCGUACGCGAUGCUGUACAUGCUGCCGACAUCCAUGGCGAGUCCGGCUUGGAUGGUGUCACCUUGCUACCGAGUCCCGUCGAACCAGCAGCGACCGACGUCGACCACCUCGAAGCCAUGUACCGAGCGCUCAUGGCUACACCACCAAACACCGCUUGGUUGGUCUCCACGGGCACAUUGACCAACAUCGGCAUGCUAUUUCAGAAGUACACCCAUCUAGCGGCUCAUCUCAAAGGUCUCAGUAUAAUGGGUGGUGCGGUGGGUGGAGGUUUUACGGAUGCGCCAAUGGGUACGGUUGAGGGAGAGGGCGAAAGAUUUGGCAACUGGACGCCAUAUGCUGAGUUCAACUGUGAUCCUGAAGCAUCUCACUUCAUCUUCUCGCACCCUGUUCUUAAGCCCAAGACGACACUUGUACCUCUUGAUCUGACGCAUCAAGUUCUCGGUACGAAGAAAGUUCGCCAGACACAGCUAUACGGAGAUGCGAUAUGGAACUCGCCAGGCUCGAAGAGUGACCACACACCUUCGGCUGUGCGGGCCUUGUUCACUCAAAUCAUGUCUUUUUUCGCAGGGACAUACGCUGAGGUUUUCUCUAUAACAGAAGGGCCACCGUUACAUGAUCCGCUCGCUGUCGCAGCUGCUUAUAAUCCCGAAAUAUUCGAUGACAGGGGCGGCGAACGCUUCCAAGUUGAUGUAGUCACCGAAGGCCUUCAUUCGUCCGACAAGUCGAAAGUUGGUGAGCUUGGUAGAACAAAGGUCACCAAGCUUCCAAUCGGUGAAGGUGGCUGUCGCAUACCCAGAAGCGUUAACCUUGAUGCAUUCUGGGGCAGCAUCGAAAGUGCGCUCAAGUGUGCAGAUGCAGUCAGUCCAAUGCCCAAGGUUUCUAUCCAAGAGCUGGAAGAAGCUGGUGUCUUCAACGGUAUCGAAAAAUUACAAUGAAGGUGUCACUGGAGCGGAGCAUGAUAGAUACAAUGAUAGAAGGGAUAGAGUAAUACAAACUCCUCAACAAAAGGAGUGCUGAGCACAGCCAAGCUUCAAAGGGGGGUGGUAGCCGUAACUGAUGAACCUCGAUUUAGCCUAUUUCCGUCCUGCCGCAUACCUUGCAACGCCGAAGCUGUUAGCGAAUGACCACAAUAUGUGCCUUGGCCUGGAAGAAAGCAACUGCCUUAAAUAACAGACUCGAGAGUACUACUCUGUGGUCCCACCAAUUAGCGUUUGUUGGCUAAGGUAUUCGAGCCCAGGCUGCUGUGUUAGGAUACCCGCUUUGAUAGCAUGUAAACACCUCUCUCUGCAAUCGUCUUGUUUCCAGAUGAACAUUAUAAAGCUUUACAUAUUGUUGCACGGGAU